GUAUCAGGCAUAUCUAGAUUCGGGCAACCCUGACCCUACGUCAACGGCUGUAGUUAAGGAGAGCCAUGGUGCAGUUAUAGCCGACGAUGAUUUUGCUGGUCUCGACGAGGACGAGCGGAGUGUGAACUUUAUGAAGUUCCGAGAGCGACUCGAUCGAUUACCCGGCCAG